UUGGCAUUAAAGCUUCUAGGUUUGUGUCACUAAUUGCUAACCAGACAACUGGUACUGAAAAGGCCUACCUUGUAGCGUACCUGGCACCUUGUGUGCCUUCGGUCAGUAGCCGAGUUUAAGCUCCGUUAAACGCAACCAACUGCAACGAAGCUCCGUUAAUAUCUUAAUGGCUGUCUUGAGAGUCGAACACUGUACUUUCAGCAGGUAUAGUCCGGCGAAGGAUGCCCAUUAGGAUACCGCGGUUGGGUGCAAUGCCCUCACGCAGGAUAUGUCUUACAUUGUUGCUGACGGCUCUGCUCUCGGCAAGGCUUGCUUAUUCCGAAGGGGGAUGCACAUGCUCGCUUCCGUGGCAUUUCGCAGUCCUAUGUGUGGGGCCCUUGUACAUAAAAGCUGGACCUGCUACCAGGAUUCGGAUGGCCCACGGAACCAUAUUCUUGGGGGCUAUUUCGGAAACGUAAGCGUGAUCCCGUUAUUUCGAGAGUUUGUGGGCAUGCCAAUGGCCUCCUACUACCCUGGCAGCAAUUCUGGUUCGCUCUUUGACAGCAUUGACCCGUCAGAGCGAGUGUACUCAAGUGGGGUAGUCCUGUACUUCUACGGCGGUGAGGCCCCGGGCGGAGCCUGCAUACUGUGGAGCAGCCCGCCACCGUCACCGUCCCCUCCUAGCCCCUCUCCUCCGUCACCGUCCCCUCCUAGCCCCUCUCCUCCGUCACCGUCCCCUCCUAGCCCCUCUCCUCCGUCACCGUCCCCUCCUAGCCCCUCUCCUCCAUCACCGUCCCCUCCUAGCCCCUCUCCUCCUCCUCCACCACCUCCUCCUCGUAACCAGCAGACACCUCCCGCCAGCCCUGCAGCCCUCAGCCCACACACCCCACCUUCCAGCCCAAGCCAGCCACCUCCGGCAUCACCACCUCCCCCUUCUCCCGUGCCACCUAGCCCACCAACGCAUCCUUCACCAAGCCCCAGCCCACAAACACCACCUCGCUCCUCUCUUCCUCCCACCUCCCCAAGCCCCCUCCCGUCUUCGCCGCCCAGCUCGCCACUGCCCCGUACCCCACCUCCCACCCCAUCUCCAACCUCCCCAUCCCCCCCGCCACCCUCACCGCCUCCUACACAUCCUACGAAGUCGUUAAGUCCUCCGCCUCGUCGUCUGCGCUCCCCACCACCUCCCAGCCAGCCCUCGCCGCCACCCCCUGCGCCCAUGUACUGGGCCACAUCCGCAUUUGGACCCUUUGAUGUCAACGGGACCAGCACUGCGCCUGGCUCCGUAAGCAAGCUCGUGGGUCCUCCCAGCUCCCAAGUCACUGACAUCAAGGCUUGCAGGGCUGCACUUGCGCUGGGCUGGGUGGCUACCAUCAAGAACCCUCGUUACGUGGUGGCCUCCUUCAACCAGACCCCGGCUGCCCUGGUCAGCCAGCUUGCUGCCGUGAAGCUCUACGUGCUCAGCAGUGGCACCCUCAGCCCCGCCAUCUCCUCCAUCGAGCUGCUGCUGCGGACGCCGGGAGCACAUAAUGACACCCCGCAGGAAGUCACGAUGUAUGCGGGGGGUGCACAGCAGUCACUGAAGUGCGCAGCCCUCAACCAGUUUGCCUUGGUACCUGAUGCGCUGCAGCCGCGCAUGACGGCAGAUGCACUCAACACGGCUGAGGUGGUUGCUGUGCGGAUCAGGGCCAACAACCAGAUCACGAACAACAAAGCGGAUCUGCCAGUGCUGGCCGCAGUUGGCCUGGAGCUCCGGCAGUAAAUAAAAGAGCCGUAUUGAUCGGUUUGAUGUGCUCGACUUAUACAUAUGUGGUUAUGGCUAUUGGUACUGGUAACCAAUCUAUACAUGCGUUGUGAUUCCUUUGCGCGUUUCUGCGCUGUGUCUCGGUCUUGCCGUACAUGAGUGUAUUUGUCGCUCAUCGGAUGCUGGAUACUGCUGGGCGACAGUACUCCUGCUAUCUCGUACUGUUGUACGAAGGGCCGUUUCGUGGCUACUACCCGUUCCCCUCUUCGUUCUUUGUUUGGCUUAACUUGUGCUCUUCUUAGGCCUAUCCAAUGCCUCUUGGUUAUGUGUUGAAUUAUGGUUGCCCAUUAUGAACUGCUUUACUAGCUAACGUUUCCUUUUUUUGCAGAGUGGGGCUGGGUUUACGAUCCAUUUCACUCUAUGGGACCAGCAUAGGGUUAUUCAUUUUUACCUAAUUGACGAAAACUUGGCACUUAAAGCCAUCCUUACUUGGACAGUGCUGGACAAUUAGUAGCCUCACAUGGAAUAUGACGUCAUGUAUGUUGUGUCGCAGCUUGUUUCCCUUGUGGCGGCAUGUACGUAUCGGUCUAUAUACCUUUACUAAAAGACUUCGAUUUAUUUGGACCCAGAUGAACAAGCACUUCGUCGUCCUGCUAGUGCGUGGUCAGUUCUCCUUUAUCCUUUAUGAGGUAUGUGUUUCGCUGUUUUUUUACUGGAGGUUCUCUUAACUCUUGUUGUCUUGUAACGCUGAGUUGUAAACACCCACCUUCAAAGGAGAUUACAGUUUUGUACCUUUUGAGCCGCAGGGUGUACCGGGUGUCAAGUUAUAACCUACGGUUGUACGGUUCUGUGCUGUGAAUUUUGCUAGUGCUGGAAGUGCUGCCUUUUAGGGGACCAUUGCAACGGUUAUUCAUUCAGUCAAGGGGUUUUGUCCCCAAAGCACUUGAUGUUGGUAAAUAGGAACAGGAAUACGGU